AAGUCUUCGGAAAGAGGGCAUGUCAAAGGCUGGUUGACUAAAACCCUUGAUGAACUGUAGUAAGUUACGUGAUCUCAUUGUCAGCUGAUGUCAAAGCAUUUUCAGCAUUAUCAGUGGUUAGUACGCAAGCGCCUGAUUCCAGUUUGGUGCUGUGGAAAUACGAAUCGAAGUUAGGAAAAUGGCAUGGCUGGUGUUUUCUUUGGCACUGAUCACAUUUGGGAUGGUUGAGUGCAGACCAUCUUUCAAAGACAAUGCAGGACUGGACCCUGAAGUCAAUAUGAACAUUAGUGAGAUCAUAAGACACUGGGGCUACCCGGCUGAGGAAUUUGAAGUGGUCACAGAUGAUGGGUACAUCCUGAGCAUCAACCGAAUCCCACACGGGGUCAAAGACCAGGCCUGGGAAGAAGGCAAACCUGCUGUGUUCCUUCAACACGGUCUUCUUGCUGCUGGGAGUAACUGGGUGACAAACCUCCCCAACACGAGCCUGGGCUUCCUGUUAGCAGAUGCUGGAUUCGACGUGUGGAUCGGCAACAGUCGUGGGAACACUUGGUCUAGAAAACAUAAACACCUUAACCCUGAAGAGAAGGAAUACUGGGAGUUUAGUCAUGACGAAAUGGCCAAGAAGGAUCUUCCAGCAGUCAUAAACUUCAUUACAGUGACCGCUAGCCAGAAGCAAAUCUUUUACGUGGGCCAUUCCCAGGGAACCACUAUUGCCUUCAUGGCUUUCUCCACGAUGCCCGAGCUGGCCAGCAAAAUCAAGAUGUUCUUUGCUCUGGCGCCUGUUGCCACAGUGGCAUUGACAAAAAGCCCUAUGACUAAAUUGUCUUUCAUCCCAGAGUUUCUCAUUUGGGAUCUGUUUGGACGGAAAGACUUCUUUCCCCAGAAUGAACUGAUCAAGUUUUUUGCCACCGAGUUCUGCAGUAGAAAGCCUUUGAGUGUGCUGUGUGGAAACAUCUUCUUUCUCCUGUGCGGUUUUGAUGAGAAGAACCUGAACAUGAGCAGAACUCCGGUGUACACAACACACUGCCCAGCCGGAACCUCGGUGCAGAACAUGGUUCACUGGGCUCAGGGAGUGAAAACUGAUAAACUGACAGCGUACGAUUAUGGAAAAGCUGGAAAUAUGGCACAUUAUAAUCAGUCGACCCCUCCUGUGUACAACAUACAGGACAUGAUGGUACCCACGGCUCUGUGGUCUGGUGGGCACGACACGUUAGCAGAUCCUCAGGACGUGGCUUUGCUGCUUACACAGAUACCAAAACUGGUGUAUCACCGCAACAUUGAACACUGGGAGCAUCUGGAUUUCAUUUGGGGUUUGGAUGCCCCACAGGAGAUGUACAACAAAAUGAUAGAAAUGAUGAGGGAGCACGUAUGACAAGGACAUUCCGUUUUAACAUCAGGUUUUAUCAGCAGCUUUCGCUUUUAGCAUUAAUUCUAACAUUUUGUCUUGUUUGUAUGUGUCCUCUGAGCAAAAACUAAUGUUCUACCUCUCUGUGCUGUAAGCAAAUUAACUUUUUGUUUUAGGUGCUGGUAACCCAGCCUUAAUUUUUUACGAAUGUUCUUGCAAACCUGUCCGAGCUUUUGAGUUUGUUAGCCAAAUACAGAUUUUUACAGUUGUGAUGAUCAGUUCUCGCCUACUGUGUUGUUAAAGGAAUUUAAAAGGAAAUGCACCUGUUCAUCCUAGCUUGUACUAACCACUACUAGAUAAUCUGGCUGUACUGUACCGUUUUAUGCCCUUGUCAUGCAAUUGAAACGUUUGAUUUUGCUCAUUUGCUUUUACAGAUGGUUAAUAGUUAAAAAAAACUGUAAUGUUUAUAAACCAUGACAUAAAAACCCAAUAAACAUGAAACAGACAUGUAAUAAUAAAUAGCCUAAAGUAGCUUCCAUGGUCCACUUU